AUCAGUGAUGAUAGUUAACCUAAGAUUUAGAAAACCAGGGUUAAAAAAAAAACCAAAACAUGUGGUUAGGAAGGACGACCACAUAGAUAGACAUAAACCAAAGGAUUUUAUUAUCAGCAUACUCAUACUCUUCACUACAUCACUCUCCUCUCUUUCUACUUACCUCCCCAUCAUCAUCAUCUUCUUAAUCAUUACAUCAAAGAAAAUUAUACACCAAAAUAAAUAAAAAUCAUAAGUGCAAGCUAAAACACAUCUUUCCUUCAAAUUCUCCAAAAUUUUGUUCAUGGAUUAAAAUACUAAAAAGUAACCACCAACCCUAGUACUCUUUGAUCUAAUAAUUGUUUUUCCACCUUGAAGAAACCAAAUUCCUUGAUAUUAAAGCAAUCUUCCAGUCCAAACCAAAGAAAAUAUCAGUCAGUUAUAGAUGUAUGAACACAAAUAAAAAUGGAUAAUUUAAACGCGAGAGCAGCGGCGGCAGCAGCAGCAACAACAACAACAUCAACGGGUCCUGUAGCUGGUGUUGGUGGUUUGAGUAUAGUAACGCCUACAAAAAGCCCAGAAGCUGAAAGCGAGACGCCACCGCCUCGGAUCCAGUCUACGAAGCCAUUUACGUUCAGCAACGGCGUUUUAAAGCGCCACGCGCCAGCUCAAGUGGUGUACAAAGAGUGUCGGAAGAACCACGCCGCAAGUUUAGGUGGGCACGCGCUAGAUGGAUGCGGUGAGUUCAUGCCGGCACCGACUGCGACCGCUUCAGACCCAACUUCGCUUAAGUGCGCAGCGUGUGGAUGCCAUCGUAACUUCCACAGGCAUGAGCCGGAGGAUUCAUCAACGAACACGGGAGCUUUAGCGCAUGCUGUGAUCGAGUACCACCCGCAUCAUAGGCAUCAUCCGUUGCCACCACCACAGACUGCACCGCCGGCGAUGGCAUCUCGUGGGGCGCGGAGUCCAGGGUCACAGUCUCCACCUCCGAUCUCGUCUACUUACUACCCUGGCUCCGCGCCCCACAUGCUACUUGCUUUAUCCACUGGUGGUGUUGGCGGUAAUGGGGCCGAAGUAAACAACAACGGACCCCACGCCCUCCACCACCACCAGCACCCGCUGCAGCAAAACACCCAACAUCUUAUACAUCAUUCCAAUUCUCAGCCUUCUAGCAGGAAGCGAUUUCGGACAAAAUUUACACAGGAACAGAAGGACAAAAUGCAUGACUUUGCUGAGAAAGUUGGGUGGAAAAUGCAGAAGACUAAUGAAGAUAUGGUAAAUGGUUUCUGCAAUGAGAUUGGUGUUGAAAGGGGUGUUUUCAAAGUUUGGAUGCAUAAUAACAAAAACACUUUUGGGAAGAUAAGAUCUAACACUACUAUUACAUCUACUGAUGUUGGUCUUAAUUGUGGUAAUACCAAUCCUAGCGAAGUGGGUGAUCAUAAUAAUAAUAAUCCCACUGGUACAGAUGAAGAUGAUGAGCUUGCUAAUUUGAAUGGAAAUGGGAAUAGCAAUAGUAGUAGUAUCAACAAUUCUACUCAUCAUCAUGAUCAUCACAUCCAUCAUCAUCAUCAUCAACAGUAUAAUGGGAAGAGAAGUAAUGAAAGUAAUGCUCCUACUAAUGGUUCUUCUUCUUCAUCUUAAAUCUUAAUUAAUCACUCUUUUGUUUAAUAAAAAUCUUUUCUUUAGUUCUUAGUUUAGAUCAUUCAGGAACAAGAGUGACAGACAAGAUUUGAUUUCCCCAAUUCCCCCUCCUACCUUUUUUUAGAUUUUUUUUUCUUUUGAUUUUUGUAGGCUUUUUUUUUUUGUUAAUUAAUGGUGAUUAUGGGAUGGAUAACAUUUGUUGUUGAUCAGUUUAAUUAAGAGGGAAAUUUGAGUUUUUAAUUUGCCAAAUAUAGUAAGUUUUAUUGGUCUCCUGUAUCAUUACUCAAGUCAUUGAUUAAGGAGAUGUUUAUGUGAUUUAAUUUUUGAU